AUGGUGGAUGUUCUUCGCCUCAGAUGCAGGUGCAUAUGUGGUGACCAUCCGCAGGACAACACAACUAUUCUGAUUUCCAGCACCCACGGCUGCCAGGAAUGCAACCCUGUGCUUUGCAGCCAUCACUUCGAAGAUUGCAGUAUGGCUCAGACGCAUGGAGGUGCGGUGACGGUGCACUGCAUAGACCGCACGGCCUUCAUGCCAAGAUUCGCUAUCGGCUUCCUGAUAUUCAUCACGAUGUUCCUGGUGCUCGUCGCCCUUAACAAG